AUGGAAGCAGACAAGGUCACAGAAGAGCCUCAUACCACCAUGGAUGCAGAAGAGCACCUUUCUUCAAAGGACUCCUCCGCUGAGGACUCACGGGAGCCCCCUAUCCCUGAAGAGCCUCCCAUCUCUGAAACCCCUUUAGAGCCCUUUGACUCUGAAUCUCAUAUGACGCCAUCUAUUUCCCAGGUCCCGUUAGAGACCCACACCUCUGAAACCCCUUUGGAGCCUUCCAUCUCUGAGACUCCUUUAAAGACCGAUAACUCUGAAACCCCUUUAAAGCCUUCCAUCCCAGAAACCCCUUUAGGACACUCUACCUCUGAGGUCUCUCUGGAGACCCCUAACCCUGAGAUCCUGUUGGGGACUCACAUCUCUGACAUCGCAGAGAAACACCUUACUUUUCAUACCUCAUCACUAAGCCAGGUCCCUGCAUCUUUCUCUGAUGAUCCGAAGGAAGAGCCCUUUGAGUCUUCCUUGGACUCCAUCCAGACCACUGACUCUGAGAGCCUUCAAAAGCACUCCCUUUCAGGCCCUCCAGCCUCACUCCACCUGGACACACCUGCAAAAGAGGGGGAAGAGGAAGAAGAGGGCGAGAAAAGGGUGGAUGCCACAGACAGCACCACUCACACAGCUCAGCCUGAACACUCCCUAGGUUACACAGUCCACCCAAUGAUCCCUGCUAAGCAGGCAAACCUGGCGAAAGUGGCUAAGGCACUGCACAGAGAGAAGUCUGGUGCUCGGGUGGAUUAUCUUUUCCAAUGGGAGAAGGAUGCAGCCCUGAAUGCCAUCCAGACAGGUCUCUACAUUGGCUGGCGCUGCCCCCAUUAUCUAUGGGACUGUUUCCAGAUUGGGGAUGAGUCCAAGUGCUUUUGUGGACACUUGUUGAGAGAGCAUCAUAUUAUCUCAGACAUAUCUGUGCCCUGCAACGUGGGCCAGUGCCGCUGCCUCAUGUUCUGCUUUAUCCCAUCACGCCCAGAGGAGGUGGGUGAGUUCUGGCUCAAGAGACGGACCACCUUUGACCCCAGGGCUUGGAGGGCCCAAUGUCGCUGCAAACACAGCCAUGAAGACCACAAAGCUGCCGGGUCACAUUCCUGCAGGGUCAAAGGCUGUUCCUGCAGAUGCUUUGAGUCUAAUUUUCUCUGUGCUGCCUGUGACCGGCGCUGGGAGGAACAUGAGACUUUCUUUGAAACUGAGGAGACCCGGCGACGAGGAGGGAGGCCUCACGGGACAGACACUGUCAACACCUGGCACAGGCCUCUGUGA